AUGACGGACGAAGGAAAUGGUGCGUCCAUCGUACAUGGUGAGGCGCUGCGGAGGCGCGCGGCGGAGCACAGGGCGCGGUGGGAGGCGCAGAAGCGAGCGGACGAGGCCAGGCGCUCGCGCGAGCGAGAGGACGAAGCCAUCGCGAGGGCGCUGAGAGCCGCCAGAGAGGUCACGAGCGCCGGUGGGGAAGCGAGUGGGGCGAGUGCUCCCGCUUCGGGAUUGUCCACGCCGAGAGAGGAGCCGGAUGAGGAUCGUCAAUGUCGAAUCUGUUUCUCGGGCGAGGAGACGGGACGGCUCUUCUCACCGUGCAUGUGCCGCGGCAGCAUGGGAUUGGUGCACGUCGAGUGCCUCAAUCAUUGGCGAAAUAUGAGCCGUAAUCCACGGAGUUACUACGGGUGUGAUCAGUGCGGUUAUCAGUACAACCUCGAGCGCACUCGCGCGGCGGCAUUUCUGGAGCGACAGGAACCAGCAACGGUGCUCGCCGUGGUGGGUAUCUUACUCUUGACCCUCGCGACAGCGCUGUCUUGUCGGUUUGCGAGUCACGGUGCGUUUUGGACGGCAAAACGCGUGCAGAGUUUCCUCCAAAAGCGCGGAGCCCUGAACACAAGACCGGGUUUUCGACGACAGCUCGCCGCGCUAGCCAUGGAAAGCGUCGAGACGCAUCGUGGUGUGGUAUUGCACGCCUCGCCGCUUUACGUCGAGGUGCUCUUCUACGGACUCGUAGACUGGAUACCGCCUUGGCGAAACCUUCGUCGAACCGAUACAUGGUUUCACAAUCCACGCAUCGUCGGUUUGCAUGAAAAAUUGGACCUCCUCACAGGAGGCUUCUUGAUCGUUGCGCUCGUCGCCUUCUGCAUGAGCAUGUUCAACAAGUAUCGGCUCCUGGGCGCGAGGCGCAUGGCCGAGUACAUCGGACCGAGCUUCGCCAUAGUGUUCUUCGCGCACGGUUCGCGGGGACUCCGCCUGGUAUUGUUCGCAGGCUCGCUGUACGCUUACGCGCGCCUGCACGAUCGAGCGAGGCUCAAGUGUCGAGAGCUCCUCAUGCGCAUCGGCCAGCGCGUGUUAGAGGUGCAAUCUAAUUCGUAG